CGAUUACAUUUCUUCUUGAUCAUGAAGAUAAGUGCUGCCAUGUAUGUGUGGUCUCUCUUCUACUUUUUCAGGGUACUAUGUUCAUACGUGCUCGAAGAUGACAUACAAAGCUGCAUAUCAGCCUUCAGAGCUGCUUUGUCCUCUGACCUACGAGUGGGUUCCUUUUCCCUUAUGCAAACCACUAUUGGACAAGGACAAGUAUGCAGUUCUAUCCAAAGCCCUGAAGAGAAAUACUGCUGGUGGAGGUGGAGGUGCCCAAGCUUCUCGGGUAGCCCCAGCAGGUUCUUCCGGAAUUGCUGCCAUUGAUAGUCCUCGGAGGGACACAGCUGAAAGCCAUCCUGCCGGGCAUGUGCAGGGGUCUGUGAACCAGGACAGACCAGGAGCAGGCAUGGAUGCUAAUGGCGGUAAUGGUCUGGGGACCACUGGAAGUGAAGAAGUGACACCCAGGCACAGAAGACCUCAGGCACAUCAUCCCGAGCAUGCAGAUCAGGUUCAGUGGCCAUCAUUAGGUGGUGAUGAGGACGGAAGGAGUUUUCAUGACGAGGAUAGUGACAAUGCAGCAAAUAAUAACAGUGCCCAACAAGCCACAACUGAGGAGGUGGCUCUGAGCAAUGCUGUGAGGGAGGGUGAUGAUACUGGACAAGGUGAUGGCAUGGAGGAUGAGGAAGAGGAAAGUGAUGAUGAUAUCAUUGAUGAGCUUGAAGAGCAAGUUGACGAGGAGGGUGAUGAUGAGAUCACCGCUGCUGUGGGGAACAUUCCUGUCGUCAUUUUGGGCAGAACUUUUCCAUACCAGCGGGCCACGUCAGCAGACCACGUCAGCAGACCACAUCAGCGGACCACAUCAGCAGGCCACGUCAACAGGGAGUGCCACGUCAGCCACCCGGGCGUGUUUAUGCUGACGCACUCGCAGACAGCCGUCAUGGACCAGAAACCGGGGGAAACGGUGGAGGCAUAUCAGGACCGCAUGCUGGCUUUGAUCAUAGAAGCCAAGCAGCGGGCGGAUGCAGUAGCAGUUGCAGAGAAGAAGAAGGCAGAGGAUGCCGAGCAGGCACGACUGCUUGCUCUUGAACAGCAGCGUUUGCAGGCCGAGGCAGCAGCGAAGGCUGCAGAUGAAGAACGAUUGAAGCGGCGUGAGAAGAUUUUCAGCGGGGAGCAAGCAUUACUCACAUUGGCAGCGGAAUGGCGAACUGAGGCGGAGACAGGGAAGAUGGAGGAGAGCGAGACCAAGAUUGCCCUCCUCCUCUCCCAUCUCACGGACCUCCUGGCGACAUGCAUCGUGCAGCAGGAGGACAUUCACAGCCCCCAGCUGAUCUUCGUGUGUAACUCGGCAACGACCACCCCGUACUGGGACAAGAGAUUGUCCAGCCAUGCCUGGCAUGCGUCUCCCGACCGGGAGUAUAAGUACGCGUGUCGUGUGUCGUCCUUGAGUGUGCUGACGUCAGUCUCCAAUGCGUCCAGGCGGUCUGAUGUGUUGGAGGAGCUUGCCACAGGGGCGGCGGCUGGUCGUUGCUCCAGCUGCUGUACGCGGCUGCGAACACUCUUGACUUCGGCGGCGUGGCACAAGCGGUUCCAAGUGGAGCCGCCGGAGAUCAAGGCCAUGGACAAGCUCAUGACCCUCGAGCAAGGCUCGCUGCCAAGCGUCGACUGGAUUGCCGAGUACCAACGCUUGACAUCCGUCCCAGGUCUCCCGAUGGGCUUCAAAGCCAUCAAGCACUACUUCAUUUCGAGGUCGUGCCCGACGUUGAGCAACGCCUUGACGCAUGUCGAGGACACACUUACAACGACGGCGCAACUGUUCGACAAGGCCGCACAGAUUAUCAUCACGAACAAGGAGGCGAAGAACCUCACUCGUGCUGCGGCAGGCCCGAGCAAGGACCAGCAUCGGCCCAAGGUGGCCGUGGUUGCGGCGGCAUCGCCAAGCAGCCAAUUUAGCGAGGCGGAGUUCGGAGGAAGGCAAACCCGACGAUCAAGUUGGCGGAUGGAAAGACGCAGCAACUUCUCGACCGUUACAUCGAGGCCGUACCGGUGUACUUUCGCACCUCACGCAUGCGAACCGGUCACGUUCGACAUCUUGGACACGGACUUCGAUAUCAUUCUGGGAAUGCCUUGGCUUGCAAGUGCGGAUCACACGGUCAACUUUCACCAACGGACUCUCACCGUUCGCGACGCCUUCGACGCCGAGGUGCCGUGUACUAUUCCUCUUCCGCACCCUUCGAUCCGGUGCCAAGUCGUGACGGCCAAAUCGUUCCGAACUACAUGUGCAUAUGAGCAACCCGAAGAGAUAGGCCUAUGUUUCUUGCGGACUAGCGCGGUAGCCGACUCUUCACCAUCGGACUUGUCUUCGAACCCCCGCGUGGUACGGCUGCUUGAUGAGUUCGCCAACAUCUUCGAGUCACCUACCGUUGUAAUGUCGGAUCGGCCGAUCUCUCACGAGAUCAUUCUUGAGGCCGGUGCCGUGCCGCUGAAAGGUUGCAUCUAUCGGAUGAGCGAGGAGGAACUGGAGGUCCUUCGCGCACAACUCGACGACUUGUUGGCCAAGGGCUGGAUCCGCCCUAGCAGCUCCCCAUAUGGAGCACCAGUUCUCUUCGUAAGGAAGAAGAACAAGGAUUUACGUCUGUGCAUCGACUACCGCAAGCUCAACGCGCAAACUGUGAAAAAUGCGGGGCCUCUUCCUUGUAUCGACGAUCUUCUUGAGCGACUGGGCGGUGCCAAGUUCUUUUCCAAGUUGGACUUGAAGUCGGGGUAUCAUCAGAUUUCGAUACGCCCGAAUGAUUGCUACAAGACCGCAUUCAAGACGCGGUAUGGACAUUUUGAGUGGGUGGUCAUGCCUUUUGGCCUCACCAAUGCCCCGGCAACCUUCCAGGCGGCCAUGACCCACGAGUUCCAUGCUAUGUUGGAUCGGUUCGUGCUGGUCUACCUAGACGACAUUCUCGUCUACAGCCGGACUCUGGAGGACCAUCUUGAGCAUCUUCGACGUGUGUUGGAGACGCUCCGCCGUGCCAAGUACCAAGCCAACCGCGACAAGUGCGAGUUUGUCCGGCAAGAGCUUGAGUACUUGGGCCAUUUUGUCACACCAGAGGGCAUCAGCCCGCUAUUGGAGAAAAUUCAAGCCAUCCAGGAGUGGUCGGAGCCGUGUAACGUCACGGAUGUCCGUUCGUUUCUUGGUCUUGCCGGCUACUAUCAGCGCUUCAUCAAGGGCUAUUCGAAGAUCGCGGCCCACUUGACCAAGCUUCAAUGCGAGGAUCGGCCGUUUGACUUCGACGAGGAUGCGCGGGAAUCUUUCUUGGCUCUCAAAGCUGCACUUUUGUCAGCGGAGGUCUUGCGAAUCUACGACCCGCUAUUGCCCACACACCUCACUACUGAUGUGUCCGGCUAUGGUAUUGGCGCUGUCCUCGAGCAACACGAUGGCGUGGAUUGGCACCCGGUCGAGUAUUUCAGCAAGAAGAUGCCCGCCGUGCACUCUAUUGAUGACGCGAGGAAGAAGGAAUUAUUGGCCUUCGUUCUCCUUCGCACUCUCAUCCGUCCCGAUCGGAAGGAUUGGGUUGAGCGGCUGCCGGAUGUCGAAUUGGCCUACAAUUCGUCCAUCCACCCGGCUAUUGGGUUGUCGCCUUUCAAGUUUGAGCAUGGCUCUCCGGUCACUUCUCCGUUGGACACCAUCGUUCCACGCACGACCGAGAGCGACGACCAUCUCCUUUUCUUGCGUCGGAUGCAAGAGCUUCUUGUCAAGGCACGCAAUCAGAUGGCAAAGACGCAGCAACGCAUGAGCCAGCAGGCCAAUCGCCAACGUCUUCCUUGUCCAUUCCGCGUCGACAACCUCGUGUGGGUUUCCGCCGCGGAAUUCAGCCUUGAGCAGGAUAUCUCUCGCAAGCUCCUCCCGAAAUGGAUGGGGCCAUGGCCGAUUGUAGCACCUCCUGGGGAUGCACCUGAGGGACCUUCCUUCACAGUUCAGGUGCCCGCCCACUUGCCCGUCUACCCGGUUUUCCAUUGCUCCAAGUUGGCGCUGUACACACCAGCAGACCAGGAUGACUUUCCUGGGCGACGAUCGCAAGACCCACCCUCUAUGGACGGCUUUCAGGAGGUCGGUGACAUCAUUUCCCAGCGACGCUACGGCAACAGGCCGACCGAGUAUCUGUGGCUUGGCGGGGUGGCGGAGGAGCUGGGCUUUGAUGGCUUGGAUGAGGGGGUUGGUGGGGAUGGCGAAGGUUCUACGAAUGCUUUUGCCGCCACACUGCCUGAGACAUUGGACAUUGACGCUGCGCAAGUACUGCAAAGUUGUGGGGAUGAGACUGUCGAGCCGGAUUCUGUACCAUUAUACUGGACAGGGAGCGUAAGAGCUUGCCUAGAUUCCAGGGAGAUGUUAGUGUCUGGCAGCUACACAGUCCAGUCACCUGCAAUCAGGAGGUUUACUGAAGGAGGUGAUUGAGAACUUCUGCCAUAUCAUAAAAAAAACAAGGCAAACUAUGUGUGUCUGUUUUUUUCUGGAAAGGUCAGGCUCUAGGAGUUGGCAUUGGGAGCAGAGGGGCGGUCCUGGCACCCUCAAUCACCUGGGUUAUCGACAAAGCUCAUGGAAGGGAUAGUUAUACCCGCGGAGGACGAACUUGAGCCCUUGGCAACCAGCACGUUUACUUAAGGAGGCCAUCCACUGACUAGCGUGCAUGUCUCAUGAGAUGGGGUUCUGGAAGAAGUAGGUUUCAUAUUUCCCUAGUCAUUCUGGAAGAAGUAGGUUCUGAAAUUGGACAUGGGGAGCAGGGGAUGUCCAGGCAGUGACGUCUCCUAGGGCUAUGGAUUGACAGAUUGGAGGGAGACUUGCGCUCUCAAAAGAUUGCAUUCGACAGGAUUUGAACUCCUGACCUGUGCAUGGAAAUCGGAGAGGAGUUGCUCUACUGAGUAGUUGUACUAAGCUGUGGAUUGGUGGUGUCAAGCAGGGGUUGGACCUACGUACACACCAUCUUUCCUUCAGCAGGCAUGCUGGUACAGUCCAAAGCAUACUAGGAAAAGCUGGAGCAAGUGCUUGAGAUGGGCUCUCGAGCGAUUCGGGGAGCAUCCAUCAGCAGAUUGGGGGGGGGGGGGGAGUUAUUGGCAGGCAGAGCAUGUCCCAGCUGCAGGGACUUCUCUACCAAUUCGGGGAGCAUCCAUCAUCAGAUGGGGGGUUGGGGGUGGGGGUGGGGGUUAGGUUCUUGGCAGGCAGAGCAUAUCCCAGCUGCAGGGACUUGUUAAUACUUGAGAGGAAUGAAGGCAUGCCUGUUAUGACAGGCAGACAAGGACAGAGCCUGUGGACAGGUAUCUUUGACAAGCAAAAAGAGCGGGCAUGUGCAUUUUCUUUCUUUCUGGUGCGCAUAGAUGAUACAUGGUUUGGGUGUGGCUUACACCUCACACCCUCCUAAGUAAUGAUAAAAAUUAUGUCACCACUCUCACCUUCAUGACUUUGUGCGAUUGAUGCAUCCAUCCAUGGAGGUGGGGUGGUUGGGUCUAAGCAUGUGCUCCCAGCAGGUGGUCGCAUUCGAGAACUUAUCACAAUUCUCAUGGCACGCAGCUCUCUUGCCAUAUUGGAGGAAUCCUCCUCCAGUCUAUAUGCCACUCUCUUUCUUUCUUUCCUUUUUUUCCCGUAUGCCAGUUUCUCCCAACUGUAAGACCCAAGCAACUAAACACAGGUAUUACACGUACUGGGCAGGGAAGAUAACAGAGCAGUCGCAUGGUGAACUCUCCCAUAUGAGCUAUUAUUUGCUGCACUGCUGUGACCCCCCGUUGUGAUUUCCAGCACCACUUUGCUUCCUCGCUCCCAUGGUCUAGGGUGAUGAGGGUCCUUGAGAGAUUUCCCAUGAGUGUGCCAUGGCGAGCGUGGUCUGAUGGUUCUAACUUUUUUUAUGCAGUGUAAUUCGAGUUUUGACCAGGAACACAAACUGUCUUUUUGGAAAAGAUAGCUGCGCUGCUGCGGUAAGCUCUUCUGACCAUCCCAUCCUGACACAUUUGUAAGGACACUCGCACAGGCCACAUGCGCACCUUGUGGACCAAGUAUAAACCACGAUUCCCCCCGAGAACAAAAGAAUGAUGCUCCG